AUUUUUUCCAGGUGUUCAGCGUUGUGGGCUAGCAGGGCUAUGUCGCCUGCGYAUUUGAGAUGUGUUAAUCUCUCGYCGUCGAUGAUGACUCCCUCUUCUGACCAGUUUAACGUCUUGAAAAUUCCUUCUAGGGCCAGCGUAAACAGUUAGGGUGAGAUAGUGUCGCCAUGUWUGAUUCCCCUUUGCACUGCGAACUCUCUGGAGCCCAAUUCUCAAAACUGGGAACGGCGUUCACAUUAGAAAGACGGGCGUGGUUCUCUCGUGAAGCGAAUAUUGAUAUUCUUGAACGAAAUCGAGUGAUCCCAUGAUGUAACCGCAGUAGAACAAGCUUCUAUUGCCAAAUCUCGCGGGAACGCAUCGUUCACCGGUUUUAUAACCACACACUACACAGUUUUUCGCGUAGGUACCCAGUUUGAAAAGUGAUGUGAUUUCGAUUCGAACUGGAGUAGCGAAUUUCUUAAAUAAACUUGACUUUUCAGUGUUGAUAAAAUAAUGAGCAAUUUAAGAGGUUUCCUAACGGGGAGUAGAGCGGGCUUGUAUGGAACUGUUCUCAUCAAUCUUCAAGUUGCAGAGGAACAAGAAGAAAAUCAUCCACGACAAUUUUAUUAACCCAUGAACGCUAUGGAAAUAAAUGAAAUCAAGUUUGUCAAGCUUUCUAGACUGAAUAAGCAGCUGGUGCUCCAAUUGAUAGAAAAGUUGACGCCCGAUCUUCAAGCACCAAGCAGAAGUUCUGCUAUAAGCAUCGAAACAAAAGUUUGGGGAAACCGCAUGGCGCCGCUCACAGCCGAGGAGGUUCGGAGAAGGUUUGAGGCACUGGAGUCCAGACAGGAGGCCACCUUAGAGGAGCUUAAGUGCUCCAAUGAAAAGGUGGCUUACUGGAUGGAACGUGCAGAAAGAGCUGAAAAGCUCUUGCAGCCCAGUUGCCAGGAACCAGCCAGUGAGGAGUCCGGCAGUGAGAGCGAGGCGGCCGAGGGACCCGCUGAGGCGGCAGCUCCUCCGGCAGCCCUCAAGGAGGGCCAGGGCCCGGUAACGGACUCUUCCGACGGCGAGGGUUUUGAAACUCAAAAUCGCCGACGGAAGAGAAAGCGGACCCGGCCCAUGUCCUCCAGCGAGGAGGAA